CGCUUUCUAGCGGUGGAAGCACUUCUCGCAAAACGCGCAAUUCGUUCUGAGAGGAAUCUUGGCCUUUAUGAGUAUUUCCCUACAAUAGCUAUAGCAUUGGAAAAUAUCAUCCCUCAAUCUGCGUGCUUCAUUUCAUCGUACAGUGCCUCCAGUCAUACAUCCGCUCAUCCGUUCACAUCAAUCAUCACCAUGACGGAGACCGUUAACUCAUAUCCCACAAAACCGCGAGUUUUCAUUCUCACUGACAUCACCAACGAACCAGAUGAUUCUCAGUCUUUCUGUCGCUACCUGACAUACUCAAAUCAAUUCGACACUGAAGGUGUCGUACCUACAACAUCAACGUGGUUGCGUCAUAGAGUCGCACCCGAAGGCGUCCAUGACAUUAUAGACGGCUACGCACAAGUGGUUGAUAAUCUCAACGCACACGUGCACCCUAGCAAUCCCUAUCCAUCGCCAGAAUCCCUUCGCAGUAUUGUAAAGGCUGGCUCUCCCGUUUACGGCAUGGAGGCAGUUGGGGACGACAUUCCCCUAAGCGAAGGUUCUGAGUUGCUCCUCCAGCGCUUGGAAGCCGAUGACCCACGGCCCCUCUGGGUAAUCGUUUGGGGUGGCACGAAUGUUUUAGCCUCUGUUCUUCACCGCAUCCGAAAUAAGCCUCAGGCUGCCGACAUUCGCUCAAAACUUCGCGUAUACACCAUCUCUGACCAGGACGACUCGGGAGCCUGGAUUCGUCAACAAUGGCCCGAGAUCUUUUACAUCUGCAGUGUUCAUGGUUGGAAUCAGUACUACUCGGCCGCCUGGAUUGGAAUAUCGGGUGACGUCCCUGAAGACAGAGGUGGUGCUGAUCGCUCUAUGGUGACACCGGAAUGGAUUAAGAAGAACUUCCAGAUCGGUCCAUUAGGUGCAAAAUACCCGGACGUUAUGUACGCGAUGGAAGGUGACACACCAACCUUCCUCUACCUUAUCCAGAACGGGCUGGGGAACCCCGAGGAGCCAAGCUGGGGAAGCUGGGGAGGGAGAUACACACCUGUCAACGUUAGCCACAGAGGCACACCUUCAAGGGGACACUUUGCAGACUGUGGUGACGAAGUCAUUGGACUGAAUGGACAGAAGUUUGCAAACUCUCGAGCCACCGUGUGGCGAUGGAGAAAUACCUUCCAGAGCGAUUUCGCGGCACGAAUGCAGUGGACAUUGACUAGCGACUUUAGCAAGGUUAACCAUGCGCCAGUAAUUGAGGUCAACGGGGAAAAGGGGCUUGGGCCGACCUUUAUCGAUGUCAACGCCGGAUCCUCGAUCACAUUUGACGCGAGCAACACCUACGACCCCGAUGGUGAUGAUUUGACGUUCAAAUGGUGGCAAUACAAGGAGCCAAGCGCAGUUCAGACAGGGCAUAGCUGGGAAGUGACUGUUCUUGACCUGAAAGUAACAGAAAGCGGCAUGAAGUUGGACGUCGAGAUACCGGAGGCAGAAAAGACUUGUGCGGUUGUGCGCUCGACGCCACCAAGGCUGAUGAAGAGGGGACCGCCGCUUCACAUCAUUCUUGAAGUUUCGGACAAUGGAGCUCCUCAACUGACUUCGUACCGAAGAAUUGUCAUCACACCUAUUAAUGAUAGAGCUGGUGAAGAUGAACUUUAGGUUGCGUCAUGCUCCAUUCUAAGUAGGAGGGCAUCAAGUAUUGAGAAUGCAUCAAUUACGUGAACUCAUUUUGG